AUGGGACUCGGAGGGUCAUCAGCCAAGCAGCGCAAGACGCGCAAGUUUGCCCAGACAAAGCGCAUGCUCAACCCAAACGACCAGCGCCUGAAGGCGAACCAGGAGAAGCAGCAGAAGAAGGAGCAGGAGAAGAAGGACAACGAGGUCAACCGGGUAGAAGCGAUGCCGACCUCGCUCUUCUUCUCGCACAACGAGGCACUCGUACCGCCUUACCGCGUCAUCGUCGACACCAACUUUAUCAACCUCAGCCUCGAGAACCGCGUCGACAUCGUCCGCGCAAUGAUGGACGUCCUCUACGCCAAGGCGAUUCCUUGCAUCUCGGACUGCGUUCUGGCAGAGUUGGAGAAGCUGGGCCACCAGUACCGACUGGCGUUGCGCGUCGCCCGCGACCCCCGCUUCGAGCGCCUCCCCUGCUCGCACAAAGGCACCUACGCCGACGACUGCAUCGUGAACCGGGUCACGCAGCACAGGUGCUAUAUCGUCGCGACGUGUGAUAGGCAGUUGAGGAGGAGGUUGAGGAAGGUUCCGGGCGUGCCGCUCAUGUACAUUGCGAAGAAGCGGUACGCCAUCGAGCGCCUCCCCGACCAGGCCAUUGGUUAG